AUGCGCCCGACAACGCGCGAAGAGUUCGAAGUCGCGAUUAUCUGCGCGUUGCCGCACGAGGCUGACGCUGUAAAAGCCUCGUUUGAUGAAACCUACGACACCCAUAGUCACUACUAUAGCAAACGACCUGGAGAUAUCAACGUCUAUACGAAUGGCAGAAUCGAACAGCACAAUGUAGUUCUUUGUCACUUGCCCAACAUGGGGAAGGGAAGCGCUGCGGUUGUCGCGUCAAACCUGAGGAUGAGCUAUCCGGGGGUCCAGCUGGCCCUUGUCGUUGGUAUCUGUGGCGCUGUGCCAGUAUCCAAGGACGGAGUCAAAAUCGCACUUGGAGAUGUCAUCAUCAGUGACAGCCUCGUCGAAUAUGACAUCGGGCGACAGUAUCCCGAUGGCUUCCAGCGAAAGAACGAUGCUAAGUCCAUGUUUGGAAGGCCCUCGCUUGAAAUAAGAACCGUGCUCGCGAGUCUUCGGACAUUGGACAUCGGCGAGCAGUUUCAAGAGCGUAUUCAUUAUCAUUUCAAGGCUCUCCAGGCACGAAAGCCUGUCUGGGAGAAUCCUAGUACCUCCCUUCACCACGAAAGUCUGCACGAGAAGGAAAAGGACAGCCAGAUUCUUCAAAGCGGACUCCAUGAAGAUACUCCAGGCCCGGCCCUCCACAUUGGAACUAUGGCGUCUGCUGAUACCGUAAUGAAAUCCGAUACACACCGUGAUGAACUUGCGCACUCGGAGGGUAUUAUUGGCUUCGAAAUGGAGGGGCCUGGUGUCUGGGAUAUAUUUCCCUGUCUCAUUAUCAAGGGCGUGUGCGACUAUGCAGACAGUCAAAAGAACAAGCUGUUUCAAAACUACGCUGCCGCGACAGGAGCGGCUGGCGCAAAGGCAUUCUUGUCACACUGGAGGUCGAAUAUCCGCAAAGGUAUGUGA